CGUGCUUGAGGGUGAGUGCGUUACUGUUUACGUGACUGGCUGCCAGGAUGGCUCGGACAGGAAGUACGAAGAAAAUGACAGCAGGUCUCAAGCACUUUGACGCGUACUCGGUCGAGACAAACCGCAUGGCAUUCAACGGGAACAUCUCCACCUUUGAUCUCUGGGACACCGAGGCACGGACGCUCGCUGCCAUGUGCUCGUACGCCAGCAUCAACGGCGUGUCAUCGUGUGCGAACGCCAUGCUGCUCAACGACGUCCACGCCCGCGACCCCGUCGACGCCGUUGCAAAGACGCUGAACGGUGGCGCGGACAUGGAGCUCGGGGAGACAUGCUUCAGGACAAGCGGCUACUUGGAGCAGGCUGUGAAGCACAACCACACGACAGUCGACACGGUGCACAACAACACCGCAUCGAUGAGUGCACGGCCUGUGGGCCCAACCCUCACCUCCAGUAACGGCCGCUGUAUCAGCGAGUGCCCCGAUGGCGGGCAUGAGCUCGGCCAACGGGUGUGCCGAAUGCCACUCCACGCGUGUUCCAAUCGUGCAUUGCCCAUUUGCCCUCUCGACUGGCUACUACGCCAAGGACCACCGCUGCGUGUCAUGCACCACGUGUGGCAUGGGCAUCUGGGCCUCCAUGCUCCGCGUCCUCUGACGCCGUCUGCUCUCCCCCUGGACCGAGUGCAAGCCAGGCCCAGAAGGAGUUCGUCUGUCUCUGGCAACGCCUACCAGCCGCUGCCGGACCGCGCCUCGUGCUUCCCCACCAGCGUUUGCGAGGAGCCCUUCAUCGAGACCAUCCCGCCCACGCUCACCAUGGACCGCCUGUGCUCCUGCGACACGCGCACCUGCAACAACCUCAUCACGCAGCUGUUUGAGGAGAUUGUGUGCGCUGAGCCCACGGACGAGCAGCUCGACGUUGUACUGGACGUGUGCUGCUCCGGCCAGGGCGAGGAUGGCAUCCGCGACACCAUUUGCCAGAUGGACGCCUACGAGGCACGCCGCUGCUGCCCAGGCUGCACAGACACGUGCGAGUGCAGCGCUGGCUUCAUCCUUGUCUACGACGCCGAUCCAGCCGACUGUCGGCCGUGCGACAGCGUGACGGAGUUCUCCCCAUCCAUUGGCGGCAGCAAGUGCGAGCGCGGCCAGGCGGAGGUUUCCGCGCCAACCUACUGCUCCUCGGACCGCGUGUGCCGCGACUGCCGGGCCGGCCCCAUCGACUCGGACAGUGACGGCUCCACGGGUUGCCAGAUGUGCCCCCGGUGGCCACUACACGGAGGCGGGCUGCCACGGCUCCUGUUCCAGCUUCACCUGCCACGCCAGCACCCACGACCACCACGACAGCGACCCUGCCACCCCGUGCAACGACGUCACAGAGUGCGCGGCGGGUUUGAGGAGGUGCAGGGCGUGACCCACCUCAUCAGCGACCGUGUCUGCUACGAGUACCUGGAGGGCACGUACAAGGCCGUCUCUGGCCAGCCAGGGCGUGCCCUGUCUCCUCGUCACCACGUGCGCCGCCGGCGAGGGCGCGGCGGGUUUGAGGAGGUGCAGGGCGUGACCCACCUCAUCAGCGACCGUGUCUGCUACGAGUACCUGGAGGGCACCCAGUGCGAGGUUGGCGCCGCCUUCAAGCCCGUCGAUGGCCAGGCCGAGUCGUGCCGCCCCGUCACGCGGUGCGAUGAGGAUAAGGAAGAGAUUCGCGAGCCCACGCGCCAGCACGACCGCCUCUGCCACAAGUGCGUCCAGGACACGUGCGUGGGCGUGUCGCGUUGCGCUGCCUGGGGGUACAUUUCCACGCAUGGCCGCCAGCAAGAGCUGCUGCACCCGAUUGCGCUCAUGCUGAACGGCACCCUGGACUGCCUGAGCAACCUGCACUUCAUCCACAUCCGGCAGCUCUUUCGUGUCCUGACCACGCUCACGUUUGACCGCCAGCGCACCGCCGCCCGCAGGCCUCAUUGA